AUGCUAUACUCCUUCAGGGUCGACUACUUAUCCUUAACCGACAUAGAUCAAGUGGCGUCCCUUCAUAAUGUCCAAUGUAAUAAAUUUGCCUCUAUUCCCGUGUCUCACUCUCUUGGCUCCCCUUCACUUCCUAUUGAUCUCACCCUUGAGCCAUUCCUUUCCCAUCAUUAUCCAACCAACGUCAUUCGUUCCUUGCAAGUCUUCUCUCUCGUUCUCUUAUACUACAACAUCCACAAGUCUGAGAACGAUUACACUCAAGGACAGACCUCCUUACCCAAGACUAUUCGAGUAUCGGAUAUGCUCAACCAAAUCUUUCUCAUUGCGCCUCUCUUGGUGCAAGCAGCCUUGGCUGUCCCGUCAGUGGAACCCAGACACCAACACCUUCAUGGCCACAUGGAGCACUCACACGGUACCAGGACCACUAUGUCAACUACCGUCCGUCGUCAAGUAGAACAAACCAACGAGGCAGUGCCGCAGUUCAUCCCACCCAAGAUGCCUUAUGCGCUCAAACCUCAGACCAGGGUAGCCAAGCCUACUGCUGCAGCUAGUGAUGACAAUGACGAUGGCAAUACAGUACCUGAGUUCAUUCCACCCAGGAUGCCCUUCAACUCAAAGGCUGUUCAGCAAAAGUCGACCAACGAGCAAGCUAGCCCCCAAAGGCUCGCCUCAGUUGCCUCUGUCAACAACAAGAAAACGACUGCAAAAGACACCAAGGAUACAAAGGACAAAAAGGAAACUAAAGAAACAAAGGACUCAAAGAAUACCAAGAGCACUAAAAACACCAAUGCUCAAAAGCUUGCACAAGUUCAGGACGAUGAUGAUGACAAACUGCCUACUUUCAUCCCACCUCGAUCACCUUUCCGAGGUCCCAAAAAGCCCCAAGCAACCCAAACUAUCCCUAGAGACACGGUUCCCGAGUUCAUUCCUCCCAGAAACCCCUGGGCUCAAUCCAAGUUCAACACGCGCUCAACAGACAGCGAUGAUCAAGAUGACCCCGAAGAGACCGAUGCCCCUGACUCUGAUCAGAGGGCGUCUCGAGUCGAUCUUUUGAAGCGCGAUGGCGAAGAUGAAGACGAUGAGUAUUUUCUAGAGGAAGGUGAUGACGAGUUCAGCCCUUCGGACUUCCCCAAUCUUGGUGAACCUGAAGACGAGGAUAUUGUUGAUGAUUCGAAUCAACACUCCGAGGACGCCCCUGCUGCCAACAUGUCCAAGCAGCAGGGAGAUCCUGAGGAGGGAAUCAACGUCCAGGGUGAAGAGAACACCAAGAACUACUUUGGUGGUAACUUCGAUGACGAAGACGCUGAAAACACUCCCACACGUCUAGAGGCCCGGGGUGUUGCAAAGCGCAACAUGCUUUAUUUCACGAACUGGGGUACUUACGAAGGUUUCGAUCCCCAAAACCUUCCGGUAAAGGAGAUUACACACGUACUUUACUCCUUUGCCAAGGUAAAUGCCAAAGAUGGAACAGUACAAUCAUCGGAUCCUUGGGCAGACGUAGAAAGGACAUAUCCGGGCGACAAUGGAGGUGGAAACAACGCAUAUGGAUGUGUUAGGCAGCUGUACAUUCUCAAAAAACAGAACCGCAAUUUGAAGGUGCUAAUUUCAAUUGGUGGCUUUGAUGGAAGUCCAGCACUCGCCUCUGGCGUGAGUACACAGAAUGGCCGAAAGCGAUUCAUCUCGACUGCCAUCAAGCUCAUCACCGACUGGGGAUUUGAUGGGAUCGAUGUUGACUGGGAAUACCCGGUCAACGCUCAGGAGGCUCGGAACUACGUUCUGAUACUCAACGGUCUUCGGAAAGCUCUGGACAAAUAUUCACAGGACAACAAACUAAACUAUCGCUUCCUGCUCACAGUAGCCUCACCCGCAGGCUCAAGCCAUUACAACACUAUGGACCUCAAAAAGAUGGACCCCUGGGUUGAUGCCUGGCACCUCAUGGCUUACGACUAUGCUGGCCCUUGGGACUCUACUACUGGUCAUCAAGCGAAUGUCUUUGCGUCAAAGAAGAGCCCCCUUUCAACAAAGUUGAGCACUGAUGCAACUCUUAAUGACUAUAUCGCUGCUGGGGUGUCUCCCAACAAGAUUCAUCUGGGCAUGCCUCUUUAUGGCCGUUCCUUCGCUAACACGGCCGGUCUGGGCAAACCUUACGAUGGCGUUGCCGGCUCUCCUGCCAAGCAAGGGGUCUACCUUCUCAAAGACCUGCCUCGACCCGGAGCAGUGACUACCUACAACGCAGAUCUCAUGGCUAGCUACACAUAUGAUAGAAAGAAGCGGGAGCUUGUGACCAUGGACGAUCUCAAGUCAGCUCAAGCUAAAGCUGGCUAUAUCAACGAGCGAAAUCUCGGUGGAGCUUUCUAUUGGGAAGCCAAGGGUGACAGAUCUGGGUCUGCAAGUGUUGUUGCUGGAGUCGGACGCACCCUUGGCGCGCUCGAGAGAAGCAACAAUCUUCUCAAAUACCCUACGAGUAUAUAUGAAAAUAUUCGGAACAAUAGGCCUUGA